GCAGCUAUAAGAUGUGUUGCCAUUAGCAAAGCCACCAUCGCUUAUUCUCUUACUGUGUAGCCUUCAGAUUUUUCGAAAAUUUUGGCAUAAUGACAGUGCGUAGGACCCGUACAUCUCCCCCGUAAGUUUCUUAUCCUGACGUUGUGAGCCGCUUGGCGCCAAAGCGCAGUCAAACUCACAACAAACAACAACUGGUUUGGAUUUGGUUGGGUUUGGUUUCCUGGCCCAACUUAUUUCAAGUGCCCUGGCCGUGACCUGAAAGUACUUAAGCAAGUGUUAGUUGUCCAAGGCUUAUUACUUACACUCCCCCUCCGUUAUGGAGUGGAACAUUCGCAAUGACUACGACCCAGGCGAUGAGACACUGCACUUCGGUACCAGGGCCUACGCCGAAAGUGAUGGUUGCAUUUAUGAAAUCUCGACGGCUGCCACCUUUCAAAAUGAAAAUGAUGUUCCAGAUACUCCAUCCAGCCUCACUUUUGGAUAUAUUUCCAAUGGAGGAGUCUGCGUCUGUGUGGGCAACACCUUGACCGUUUUUGCAAAUGAGUCGAGCUCCUCAUCGCUCUUUAACUCCGCUUUUGACGGAGACAUUGAAACUUUCACCUGUUCUCCGGAUGGUAACUUUUUAUUGGUUGGAUUGAACAAUGGCUACGUGCACUGUCUACAUAUCCCGUCCGAAGGAGAAGCAGUUUACAUUAAAAAGCUUCAAACCCAGCCCAGAGGAGGACGAAUGUUUGUGAAAUUUAUUAUCCACGAAUCAUGUCCACAAGAUGUGUUAGUGGUUUGUGCAUCAGGAAUUGUUGUAAAUUUUGAGAAUUUUGAUUUUAAAUUGAUGCAUUCUGUGCAUUUGAGUGGAAAUCCAUCUGAAAUGAAAGAGCUGAGGUCAAACAUUUCUAUUGCUACACUUUGUGGUAUUAGCUCGAUUGCCCCUAUACGUUCAGCAUCCAGUCUGAUAUUGAGGGACCAGAUUACAAUUCUUGCUGUUGGUGAGGGCAUUGCAACACUCUCCACAGGUGUGAGCUCGACACCCACUGGUGACUCUGGGGAAGUAAAGUGGACGGACCACCCAUCUACAACUACUUUAAUCAAAUUGCAAGCCACAAGUGACAAAAGACUUUUUGUUGCGCUUGAUGCAACAGGUCAGCUUUUAUGUGUGUGCCCCUUCACACUGAUGACAGUAAAACUUCCACAGAAGAACUACAAGUCCCUGUUAGACUUCCAGCUCAUUGGUGACAGUACAUCUGAGGCUGUCAUUGUUGCUGUGACUCCAUCCAGUGAUGAAAAUUGUAACCUUUGUAUGCUGUCCUUUUCAGGUUUGCAAGAAAAAUUUUCCCUUUCUGUUGGGCAACGGUGUUUUCUUAUGGAAACAAUGUGCAAUGUUGAGGACAUACCGUUCUUGGAACUUGGAAUUGUUAAAGCUUCACAAGCUGCCACAGUAUCUUUGAAGGCAGCAACUCAAACUAAUCCCAAUUUCAGGCUUGAGCGUUUGCUUACAAGAAAGAAGUUCGAUGCAGCUGAAUCUCUUGCUAAAAACUUUGGAUUGGAUAUGUCCUCUGUUCAUAUGGCUAGAGCUCAGUGUUUCCUUGAUCAAAUGCAGCCUUGGAAAACAAACUCUCCUUAUUCUUCUGAAGAAAAUAAAAGCAUCAUGGGCACCUUAUUAAGUGAACUUGAUAAAAUAAAGGAUCUGGACUUUAUUACCAAUUGCUGUGUAAAUGCUGUACCACCAGAUUACUUUGUUGCACAUUCUCUUUUAGAUUAUGCUCAAAACCGUUUAGAGCAAUUUUUUGUGAAUAACCCCGAACUUGAAUCAAAAGUUUCCAAACUGUCUGCAAGUGUAUGUGGUUCUAUACUUCGCUUGGAAACUUUCAAUCUGCUCAAAUGCACCUGGGAUGUGGAUGAAUGGUUGAAGUUCAGUCGUGCUGAUCUUCUCAGAGAUGUUCAAACCUGGAUUAGACAGGGAGAGUUGUCAAAAGCCUCCAUCAUUUGGAGUAGACACAAAUCAUCUUUCAAGGACUGCCUCGCUGAUGAAUAUAUAGUCAUUUAUCUGCUUGAAGAAAUACCUGCCUGGGUUCCUCUGGAUAAAAUCUUAGAGUGGCUAGUACAUUUACUGCCCUCUCUUCUUGAAGUUCAGCCUGCAUCCCUCCCCAAAGUUGUCAUGUGGAUGCUCUCAAAGAUUUCUGGUUUGGAAGACUCGCAUCCAAGAGAAUGGCCUAAAAUUGGUUUGGAUUAUGCUGAAAGGAUGUUGAAUUUGAUGGCCUCUCAAAAGAUAGCCAGUCCUUUUCUUGGUGUGGAGGCUUCACCUCUGAGGCCACUUGUUGUACUUCGUUGUUGCCUUGCUGAUUUACAUUGUCUGCGUUCUAAAUAUUAUAUUUUUUUAACUCUUGAGGACUUAAGCCAGCCUCCAGAAGAUGUUGCAAUAACUCUUCUUGAUAACAUAGAUGUUGGAUUAAUUUCUACUUUUAUUACCCAAUAUUUAAAGAGCUUUGUCCUGAAUCAUAAACUUGAUAUUGAUCUAAUUGUCUCUACAUAUGUUAAGCUUGUUCUGCAAUGUUCAAAUGGAGAAUGGUAUUGGGAGGAGGCCCCAUGGGAAUUGAGGAUAGCAACCUUGUUACCGCAUAUAACCAAUUAUAAGAUUCGUUUGGAGUGUAUAAAUGCAGCUCUGGAAGCGGCUCCAUGCCCUUGGAGUUCUGUCAUAUCAGCAGUGGCAGAAGAAGGACUCAAGUUGAAGCAUCCCUUGUCAUCUUUGAUUCGAGAGAAGCAAAAGCAAAUCAGCACUAAUCUCGUUCUUAAGAAAUAUGGGUUUAACAUACAUAUUAAUAAAAUUGAUAGACAAGUGUUGCUCAGAAACAUUGUAAAGCAAAAUCAUGCUGACAUGUUCAGUGACAUAGCAGAGCUGUCUCAGAAGUCUGUAGAUGACUAUGUUAUUGUGAUUCAAGAAUUAUUUUUUUUGGGCAAUGCUUCUAAAGCGCUUGAAGUGCUGAGGAAACUACCUGAUACUAUGAUAGUGGAGGUGUGUCCCCAGAUCAUUCACACAGUGUCUUUGACUUUGGACUUACCUGAUGUUAGUCCUAUUGAAGAAGAUUUGGACUUCAUUUCUGCUGUUGCUAUAUGUCAUGAAACAACAAGAGCCUCAAAUCCGCCUGGGAUUAGUAAAAUUGAGGACUUAGAUGAUCCUAGAAAUUUACCUCUUUCUAUUAAAGAGAUCAAAAACAGAUUCUGUCUAAAGAGAGAUUUCAGAAAGUACUUGACUGUUAAAGAAAUGGCUGAUGUGCAAUGUCGUGAAAAUGCCUUAAAAGAUAUUGUUCAAGAUCUAUUGAUUGAAGUUGUAGAAAAUGAAAAACCUCAAGAGAGGACAACUCGCAUAUACCGCAAGUCAUCCUAUGCUGCUCAGUUGUUGCUCCUAUCUCCUGCACUGUCACUCACUGAAAUAAUUGAGCAAGCUAUCAAUUUAUCAGACUUUGAGUUAGCGACAUUUAUAGUUGGAGUUAACAAUGAUUUAAAAAAUUUGUCAAGCUUUACUAUCCAGCGACUAAGCCGGCUGCCCGCCCUCUUUCUUAAGAAGUUGCAAUCCUUAGAUCGCAAGGACAGGAAUGUUGAACUCAUCCAAAAAGCUUCCUCUGAAGUUUACAAUCUGGUCUCAAAAGUUUGCAGUCAUUGUGAUUUGGACCUUUUGCGGGGUGUAUCAAAAGUUUUAGGUUGGAGCAGGGUCUGGGACUUUGUGUCUGGACAGCAAGAAAUUUCAUUACUGGGGCAACGGGAUCCAUUGCAGCAUUGGCGCUUUACACCUCUUUAUAAAGAUCCUGGUCUAGCUGGUUUUAUGAGUGGCUGUAACUUAAAUGAAUUUUUAUGCAAUGCUUUCAGCUUUAUCAUUAAUCCUGAAGUUUCAGGUGAAAAUUUUGUUUCUGAAGUGACACAAUCAAUAUCAAAACUGAGAAACGAUCAGCAUGAUCUUGCUGUGGUUUUAAUUUUGAGCCAACUCUUUUGGGCUAUUCAAACUUCGUCAAAACAAGAGGUUUGCCCUGCUGUUGAAGAAUCCCUUUAUAAGUCUUGUGAAGUGCUGCUGUCCAAAGUGUCUGGGGCACGUCAUUUUGACAAACAUCUAGGUCUUAGCCUUCUGGCUUCUAUGGGUCGAACAGCAGCUUUAAAAUAUUUGCUACAUGUUAGCAAGAGUGCGCACAUGGACUUUCAGAGGCAAAAGGCGUUGUCAUUCCUAGGAACUAUUGUUAGUAACUUAUGGAAUAUGCCUGAAUUGCACUCCCAAUUUAAACUGAUGUCUCUUCAAAGUACUUGGGGCUUACGUCUCUCUGAACUUGGCAUACCAGCUAAAGAAUUGCUUCGUGCAAAAGUUGACACCGAAGUUGUAGUUCAGAAACUCAUUGAAUCCAAAAACGCAACACCUCAUCUUUUAAGUGCUCUUUGUUCAGACUAUCAGCUUGACUUGCAGGCAGCUCUUCUGCAACAUCUUUGUUCUGUUUUGCUCUCUUGGGACCCAGAACCCAUUGUCACUGUGAAUCCAGAUGGAACUAAAGACGUUAUUCUGCGCAAUACACAUCAACAGUUGCUUGAUCAAUGUUGGGAGAUACAAAAGCACAUCAAAAACAAAAGUCUCUUGUGCACCACUGUAGUCUCUUCUUGGCCGAAGGUAAAUUUCUAUCAUCAUGAGGUGUUCAUUGUCAUUUUAGACAUAUUAGAACGGCAUGGUGUUGAUGAACAAACUGAAAAAAGACUUGCUACAACUUUUUUGAAGAACUACCGCAGAAUUAAGCCUCCAAAUGAAGAGGAGGAGGAGUUCUGGUCAGAGGUCUUUCCAUCAUCUUUUGGCCUCCCUCCUAUGUCCGAAUUUCGGUUGCCUUAUAGCCGUAAGCUGACUGAUACCCCUCUAAAAGUGGUCAGGCAUGAAUUAAAUUUAAAUACCUACAAAAAAUGGCUGACAGUUGCUGCUGCUUUAAACAUACCGAAGGACAAGUUAUGUAUUUCAGCUGUGCACCAAAGUGUGACAGAAGAGUUUAGUGGCCACCAAAAUAGUCUGGAGUGGUGUGGGACUUUGAAGAAUGAGGCCAUUUUUGAGUCCAUUGCAGCCUGUGUAGCUGACAUGGAUAAUAUAGAACAAGCAGCUGCCACUCUUUACUUUUUCAUGGGCAAAAUUCCUGCUGGUUUGGAUCAGGUAGCUGUGGCAAAUUUAUGUCUUCAGUAUGCACAAAGUGUCUAUGAUCAGACUGGUGAAACAGAGUACAAGAUAAAAUUAGAGAAGAAAUAUAUUCAUCUUGCCACAUUGCAAACCCUUCACAUGUAUGGGCUGGGUCAGCCAUCUUAUCUUCAGCUUGUCCGAAAUCCAACAGAGCUAAUCACAGCUUUGUAUCAACAUCCAACAAUAUUAGAAUUGUGUAGAGGAACAGCAUCCUAUUCUCUUGAUAUUAAUACUGUGGUUGAAGAAAUAUGUCGACUACAUAGCAUCUGUUUGAAGACUUUGCACAUAAAUCUAGUAACUGAGUGGUUGCAACCAGACGUUCUUAUGGAUUGCAAUUCAUCAAUGGAUGAAGACUGCUAUAGAAGCAUUAAUCGUAAUAAGAAAAAAGAUUAUGAUAACUCUGACCUAUAUGGUACUGAUGAAAACAUAUUGCGAGCCCGUUAUAUUAUGGAACAUGGUGAUGUUCAGGAAUGGGCGUACUUCCUAAUUGGUAUUGUGUACCAAGGAGAAGCAUGCACUGGUAUGCGAUUACGUGCAAUGCAGUGUCUCUGCAUGUUGACAGAUGAUGAGACCCUGGAAUAUCUUGCUGGAAGAACUAUGUCCGACAUUAGGAAAAAGCUACACUCAUUGGCUUAUUUGAAGGAUCUUGAAAUUCUUGGCCUCAGAUACUCUGAAUCUGGGUUUGACUCUUGUGAUAAAAAGGAAUUGGCCAACCUGAUUUUGAGAACUCAAACUCAGAGCCCACGAGCUAUAUCUCUGGUUGUUCACCUGUGUAUAGAUUUUAACAUUACGAAUAUGUCUCUGUGGAAUGCUGUUUUUCAACAGCUGGUAGAUCUGUCAAUGAUGAAGGAACUAGAGCAGGCCUUGUCACACACAUCAGAGAUGUAUCAAUUAUGGACUGUACCUUCAUACAGCAAGGCAUGGAACCUACUGCUCACUUCUCCAUUUAGAAAUGCCAGCUCAAAUCCUGAUGAAGAGCAGAAGUCGGCCAUGCUCCGGUCUAUAACUCUGCUUCCCUCCUGUCCUGUUUUGAAGCAUGUUGAUGUUGUUGGGGCUUUGGAUCAUUGCUUGACAAAUCAAAUGCCUGAUAUGGCAGCACUUCUGCUUCCUUUUGUUGACUAUUCCUUGAUGCUAGAACGACAAGAGAAAAUUUUAUCAAUCAAGAAACAAGAACACCUAAUUGAUGAUUUAAAAAAAAUUUCUCAUGAAAAGUGCAUUAAUAUUUCAAAGAUUAUAAACUUACUUUCGCCACAGACUGUUGAAGCUCCUUUGAAUAAGAUGUGAUACUCCCUAACAAAUAUGAAUUUUGCUAGGAUUUUUUUUUUACUAAAAAUGUUUUUUGAUUUAAAACAUUGUCUACUUGAAAUCAAUUUUAUAUUAAUAAAGGCAAGUUAAGUUAAA